ACAUUGUUUUCAUUUUCGUUGCCAAACUCAAUUCAGUGUCACUCUCACAAUGUGCUUUUAUUACAAGAACCAUGUCUGACACGGAAGCAUGCGGAUCUGAGGAAAAACCACAGUUUCUUCCAAACUGUGACGAUGUCAACCAGUUUGUACAGCAAACACUGAAGUCCGUCCUACAGGCAACCAAGUGUUCAAACGAGAUGCCGGCAGAGGGGGAUGACUUUGAUUUCUAUUCUAGUUACCAGGGAUUCCAGGAUGUGAUGAACAUAGAAGGCAAAAGAAUACUGCACAUGAUACAGAAUAUUUUAAAGCAUCAGAAUGUAAAGGUCAGCCUGGGGUCUGCUAGUGGGGCGGCGGAUAUAGAGGACAAAAUGGACCUGCUGAUGGACGCCAAUGACCAGAUACUUGAACGUGUGGGCACCUGGUUGGAUGAGGCCUCGGGCAUUAAGAAAGAUGACAGUUCAUUAGUCAUUGCCACUGCAACACCAAAACAACAGACAUCUGCUAGCUGGAAUAAAAAGAGUCCUGGGGCAUCAUCUACUCCCAGUUUUAAACUUUUAUCAGCAAGAAAUAUCCAGAGACCCCAGAUGAAGUUCAAGGACAAAGUAGACAACAGGGCUUUACCUUUCAUUCCUAUCAUCAAACACAAGCCAAAUGCUCUCAAAUCUUUGGAAGAGAGUUUAAGGUUAUCUGAAGGGGUUACACCUGAGAUGGCUGAGAAACCGGAUUUCAAGUAUCCUCAUCCAUAUCAGUUUGAAUUAGACCAGCUAACAUACACAGCUGAACAGUUGAAAGUAGCUACUAUUACAGAGCCACAGGGGCUUGAGGAGACGCCAUGUACAUACAUCAGUAAAGUGGAGCAGCUUCCUGAUCUGAUAGAAGAACUGAAGAAACAAACAGAGAUAGCUGUAGAUCUGGAGCAUCACAGUUACAGAACAUUCCAGGGAAUAACAUGUUUGAUGCAGAUAUCUACACGUGUACAUGAUUAUCUCAUUGACACCCUGGACCUGAGGGGUGAUUUACAGUGUCUCAAUGAAGUGUUCACUGAUCCUCGCAUAGUCAAGGUAUUUCAUGGAGCUGACAUGGAUGUUGAAUGGUUGCAGAGAGAUCUAGGUGUUUACAUUGUGAACAUGUUUGAUACAGGUCAAGCUGCAAGAGUUAUGAAUUUAGGACGAUUUUCUCUGGCCCAUCUUCUACAUCAUUACUGUAAUGUUACAGCAGAUAAACAGUAUCAGCUGGCUGACUGGAGGAUAAGGCCUUUACCAGAUGAGCUCAAAAAGUAUGCUAGAGAGGACACACAUUAUUUGUUACACAUCUAUGAUAAAAUGAAGAAUGAGUUACUUGAGAGAGGGAACGAGUCGAAGAACCUUCUGAUGUCUGUACUACAUAGGAGUACGCAAGUUUGCCUUAAGGUAUACCGCAAGCCGCAGUGUACCUCAGAAGGCUAUAAGGAUCUGUACGUUAAGAAUAAGAAAGUGUUUAACUCGCAGCAAUUGUUGGCUCUCAGUGAAAUGUUUGCCUGGAGGGAUGAAACAGCCCGGCUAGAAGAUGAAAGCUAUGGGUAUGUGUUACCAAAUCACAUGAUGCUACAGAUAUGUGACAUUCUUCCAAGGGAGAAACAAGGUGUGUUGGCAUGCUGUAACCCUAUACCACCUCUAGUGAGACAGUACCUCAAUGAAAUACAUGCCAUUAUCAAGAAGGCUCGCGAAGCACCAUUACACAAGGUUGAGUUGGUCAAACAUGAAAGAAGACCAACACAUCAUCAGCACCCCAAAUAUAACGUUGACAGCUUGUUACACUGUCCUCAUGACCUGUCACAUCAAGACCAAGUCAUGGAAACAGAUACACAAACCUGUUUCCUAGACUCCACACUUGUUGCGACAAAGUCCAGUCUGUUCUCAAGUACACCAGACAGUAUGAUUGUAGUGAAGUCACAACCUUUGUUAUCUGUAUUUAAUACAAAGCCAAAGAAUGAAACAACAUUGUCAGCUGUCCAGAAAACAGUUUCAGAAAUAAAAGCAAACUUAAUCAGCCCUUAUGCUCAGUAUUUACCAGAUGAUAUAAAGAAAGGGUCCACCAUUUUGAGACCAGCAAAACCACUGGGUGAUAAAGUGCAAAAUGUGAUGAUGAGUCCACCAUGGAAACUGUUACCAUCAUCAGUAAAGAGGAAGCCAAGUGAAGGUGACAGUGCAAACAGUCCGUCUGUAGCAGCCCCACCAAGCAAGAGAUCACGUACAGAUUUACAAGGAAACAGUGGAUCUGUGAAUCAACAUAUUAGGUUUACCGACAAUGCUGAUGAAGUUCCUGAGAAAACUGAAGAUGAUAAAAAAGCAUUGCCACAAGAUCUUGAAAUUCCGCUGAGAUUUCAGGUUCCAUCAAAAAAGAAAAAGAAGGAGAAGACACAAGAUAUAGAUAUCAUUGACAGCGUACAAAAACAUUUAACUCAUCUCCGAAUGUUAGAGCGGUCCAACGAUACUGCACUUGGACAAAAUCCUGGUGAUGAACAACCAUUAAACUUGACUGAAAAAAUUAGAGAAAGAAUUGAACAGAGGAAAUUGAAAAAGAAAAUGAAGAAGGAUAAGAAAAAACAAAGUCAGAGUGAAACUGUCGUAGCUGAAAAUAAAAAUAGUGAUAAAAAAGAAAUUGAUACUAACGUUGGUACAAAGCAAAGUGAAGAAACUGUUGAAAUAGCUGAUGAAGAAAUGAAAGAUGAUAAAGAGAGAAGUGAGGAAUUUAAACCAUAUGAUUAUUCUGAAGGUGCUAAAAAAUUACUGCAAGGUAAUACAUCGAAGGAUUCAGAUUUCUAUGACCCACAGUUACAGAUGAGGAAAGGCAAAAAUAAGGGAUCAAGAAGUAAAGCAUAUAGUAAGAGAGGACAGAAGAGCUACACGUGGAAAUCAAAACAGUAAAACUUCCUGUGUCUGCCUGAAUUCAUUGGAAUAAACAUUGUAUAAACAUCCUGAAAGUACUGGAAAUAUUAUUAAGUGAAAUUUUGUGAAACUUUGACAAAAUACCUGUAAAGCCAUGAAGGGAAAUUCUAUUAGACGAAAUACCAGAAGUAUAAUGAUGGGAAAUUUUGUGAAAUUUUAACAAAAAUGUGAUUCACACAUUCUGUGACAAUGUCUUUUUUUUUUUUUAGCUCGCCUGUCACAUAGUGACAAGGUGAGCUUUUGUGAUCACCCUUCGUCCGUCGUCUGUCGUCAGUCCGUCCGUCAACAAUUUCUUGUCUGCACGAUAGUGGUUUCAUUUAUGAUUUUAUUUUAACCAAACUUGCACACAACUUGUAUCACCAUAAGAUCUCGGUUCCUUUCUUGAACUGGCCAGAUCCCAUAAUGGGUUCCAGAGUUAUGGCCCCUGAAAGGGCCAAAAUCAGCUAUUUUGACCUUGUCUGCACAAUAGCAGCUUUAUUUAUGAUUUGAUUUUUACCAAACUGGCACACAACUUGUAUCACCAUAAGAUCUUGGUUCCUUUCUUGAACUGGCCAGAUCUUAUUAUGGGUUCCAGAGUUAUGGCCCCUGAAAGGGCCAGAAUUAGCUAUUUUGACCUUGUCUGCACAAUAGCAGCUUCAUUUAUGAUUUUAUUUUAACCAAACUUGCACACAACUUGUAUCGCUAUAAGAUCUUGGUUCCUUUCUUGAACUGGCUAGAUUCCAUUAUGGGUUCCAGAGUUAUGGCCCCUGAAAGGGCCAGAAUUAGCUAUUUUGACCUUUUCUGCACAAUAGCAGCUUCAUUUAUGAUUUAAAUUUAAUCAAACUUGCACAAAACUUGUGUUGCCAUAAGAUCUCAGUUCCUUUGUUGAACCGGCCAGAUCCCCUAAUGGGUUCCAGAAUUAUGGCCCCUGAAAGGACCAAAAUUAGCUAUUUUGACCUUGUCUGCACAAUAGCGACUUUAUUUAUGAUUUGAUUUUAACCAAACUUGCACACAACUUGUAUCACCACAAGAUCUUGGUUUCUUUCUUAAACUGGCCAGAUUCCAUCAUGGGUUCCAGAGUUAUGGCCCCUUAAAGGUCCAAAAUUGGCUAUUUUGGCUUUUGCAGCCAUAUAGAGAUCUUCAUUUAUGGUUUUAUUUGAUACAAACUUCCAAAAUAUCUUCAACAACAAUAAAUCUUGGAUUCCAUGACAAAUCAGGUCCAGUCGUAGUUUCCAGAGUUAUUUUAUAUCUGAUUACCUCCCCUGAUUGUAGUCAAAAUGGAUUUAUAUCAGUAAGUACUUAUAGGACUUAUUUGAAAUUUCAUUAUUGUCAUUAGUUGGACUGAGCCAAUCAGGGUAGAUAACUAUGGACUGAUUUUAUGUCAAAUUACCUCCCUUUAUUUCAAAUUAAAAUGGGUAUAUCUCCAUAACUAAUGAAGAUACUGAUCUGAAAUUUCAUUUAUGUCAACAGAUUUAUUUGGCAGAUCCUUCUUUUGUUCACUUACAAUAAUUUUCUUUUUUAUUACUUCCCUUUUACGUUACUAUAAAUAGCUUAUUUUUAGUAACUUUUUUAUUUUUGGCUGUAGGGGAAAACCCGAGACCACUUUUCUGUGGUACAACAUGGAUGGUACUUCCAAUUUUUAGGUGUAUUUUGACAUAUCUAUACCUUGUAAGAAUUUUGUUUUUCUGUUUGGUUAAAUUUCUUACUUUGUUGUUCCUGUCCUUUGGACUUAGAUAUUUUUUCUGAGGACCUUCUUGUCCUCAAGUGCAAUGAUAACAGGUGAGCGAUAUAGGGCCAUCAUGGCCCUCUUGUUUAAUUUGUUUUUAGUUCACCCCAGUGUCAUGUAUUCAUUCAAAGUCAAAUAAUCAAUUUCAGAUGAGCGACUUAGGGUUGCUAUGACCCUCAUGUUAAAAUUCUUGGUAAAGGUACAGGUGUUAUACAUUCUUGUGAACAACAUAACAUGUAUCAUUUUUUUUCUGUUUAAGGGUUCAUUAGAAUACCAGGUAUGGGUAUUAUAUCUUCACAUGCUUAUUCUUUGGUAGUCAAUAAAGCUUAAAAUUAC